CCGCCAACACCGGGAAGCUCAGCACGAAGAUGAACAUCUUGAGGCGUCUUGGGAUUACUGUUGCGCGUACGACUAAGGGAGGUAACGCUCCUACCACGACUACUUGUACCGGUUCUGCUGCCAACGGGCUCUUUAGCAAGACCUCCGGUACGCCCCCCACCAGCGUCUCCACCUGCUCCGACAAGGGCUCGACGGUGAAGGCGGAGACACCAAAGGCCCUCAGGAAGAGGUGCGAGAAGAAGGUUGAGGAUAUGAUGAAGGAGUUCGACUGCCGCAAACUUCUCAAACACCCCGAGACGUACGGUGACUUGAAAGCGGACCUCACCGACGCGCUUGCGCACCCGAUCUUGUCCUCCGACCUCGAGGUCCUGGACAUUGUCGCUACUGGAGGUACCGCUUUCGUCUGUGCAGCUAUUCCUCAGAGCAACGACUCCGCUUCUCCCUGGGAGUCUGAGGAUCUCGUCGCGCUCAAGUUCACCAGUAAGCGCAGCAAGCAUUCCUGGGCCGAGAUCGAAAUCAUGGAAGACUUGAAGAAGAGGACAGAGGCUGAGUUCUUGGCGGUGAUGAACUUCAGUUUCGAAACGGAGCAGUACCACAUUAUGGUCUCUCCUUACAUGCACCUCGAUCUCUCUGUGUUGACGACCACGAAGACGGAGAUAUGGUUCAACGAGGUCAACUUCAAGGUCACUCUGGCUGUCUGCCGCGAGAUCUUCAAGGGUAUUGCAAACGGUUUGAGUGAACUCCACAAAGCUGGGUACGCCCACGGUGAUCUCAAACCGGAGAACGUCCUCCUGUCCCUCAGUCACGUCCCCACUGCUGUUGGAACAACUCCCAAGUUGAUCCCAAGAGUGAGUGACUUUGGACACUCUCGUUUCUCGGGGGAGCCCACGGGCCCGAAGUGGUGGUACUACGGUACUUGCUUCAUUGCUGCUCCUGAGUUCUGGUCUACCUACACCAAGGACCCUGAGAACCCCAAGCGCACCCGCCUCACCAAGAGUGCGAACCCGACUCACCAUCACCUGUUCCCCGCGGACGUAUGGGCAUUUGGCUGCAUGCUCCGCGACAUGUUCGGACUCGAACGUUUCGAGUCCCCCGAGAAGGCCAAAAACAGGAAGGUCAAGAAGGGGUGCUUCUGGUACAACGAGGAGUUCAGGAAGUUUGCGAUGGAGAUCAUGGCGAAGUACAAGAUGGAUAUCUGUACGAGCCGUAAGAUCGCGGAAGUCUACGAUCAUAAGAGGGCGAGGGUUUGCAUGGAUUUCAUGGGAGAGGAGUUGGAUGAUCUCUUGAGGGGGUGUCUUUACAUGAACCCGGCGAAGAGGAUUACUGUUCAGCAGGUCCUCAAGUCGGCGUUCUUGAAGGACUGAGGGGAACUUGAUGAUAUUUUGGGACAUUGGAAGGGGAUAUAUUCGGGCAUAUCGGGGGGCGUUACUUGUUUUUUGUUUGGGAUAUCUUCUGACAUCAUCUAUUUCCAAUCUACCAACUUCAUG